AUGAAAGCAUUUACAAGACUAUUAAAACAUGUACAAUCUAUUAAAUUUGUUGGCGGUCCACACCCAACUCCAAGUAUGUCAAUACCAGUGAGAUAAGGAGUCUUACUAACAAUGUUUCAGAACCUCAUGCUGCUCAAGCUCACCCUUUCGCUCCAAAUGGCUUGAUGCCAGGUCAAGGUUCAUCAUCAUCUUCUAAUUCUACUCCAUAUCAUAAUCCUAAUUCAAUUAAACCAAAAGAUGGUGAAUGUUUUUCAAGAAGUGAAUUACCAGAAAGAUUUAGAUAUAAAGCAAUAAAAGAUCAAGAAAUCGAUGAUAUUAUUAGUGGUGGUGCCGAAGUUAUUUAUUAA